CGCGAGAUCACGCUACACAGACGAUGAUCUGGUAGCCUUGUUUCCAGGCCCGGGGCGCCCUUCCCGUUGCUAAGACUAUACAAGUACGGCAGCCUUAUACAGUAGAAUGCUACUCCGUGACCUGUCGCUAAACCUAUAAAUAAAGCCAGCCCCUCCUGUUGUUGAUGCUGCCCUUCCAUCGCGCAGCAUCACUCCACACCUCACCACAACUGGAGUCUGCACUACAAUUACAUCACAGACCACACCUUCCACUCAGCGACUCCAAAAUGCCCGCCGCUGCCAAGUCGUUUUGGCCGGCUCUUGCCGCCUUCAUGGCUCUGUCCUUCACAUACACUGCCGUCGUUGCACGCAACGAAGGCAACGCCAUCGACAACGCCAAGAGAAGAUGGCAACAACAGAAGGCUCGCAGAGAUGCCGCCAUGUCUGCACAAGGAGCACACCUGCUUGAGCAACAACACAAAAUGUAAUGGAUCGACUCCCACAUCACAGCCUACCGGUGUAGGCAAAUUUUGCAUAUCCUCUUGGUCACCCUAGACCGACGCAUCGCUUUUAGAGUUCUGGCCUUGACCCAGCGGUUUUGUUUCUUCCUGGG